GGACUCGGGCCACAAAGUUAAUUUCCUAUUGUAUAAGUAAAAUUAAAAAGAAAAAAUGUGAAAAGCAUUAUUUAUGCAAAAUUUUGAGUUUAGAAUUCGUAUAUUUUUGAUAUUGAAAUUCAUUAGCAAAUUAUAUAUGUCACUAUGUUAAACAACUUUAGAUCAGUUAUACGAAGCUUUGCAAAUCUUACAAUUGCUGCUGAUAGAGUAUCAAACGCUCGAUUGAUUUGUUCUAUUAAUCAAUCACCUUUACAGCCACCGAAUUUUCCGAUUUCUAUUUAUGUACCUACUGUACCAUUAAAACAAAUUAUAGAAAAACAUACUCCUUGUAUUCCUUUGAGAAUCCCAUGUCCUUCAAAACCACUUACAAUUGUUGAUCCCUUCAGUGAAAAUGCAAAUGAAAUUCAAGCAGCUAGGCUGAUUGUCAUUCGACGUAAAAAAAUGAAAAAACACAAGUUAAGGAAGUUACGUAAACGUAUGAAGUAUGUUUGGGCCAAAGUACGCCAGAAGAGAGAGAUGAGAAAGGAGAAGGCCUUUCAAGCUGAACUUUUAACACAGGUUAAAGAAGCAGAAAAGUUUAGCCCCGUUGAAUAUGUACAAGAAAAGCUGAAUGUUGUCAACAUGACGAUACUGCCAAAUAGAUGGAGGGGUAAACGCUUGCCUGAAUUUGUCAUUAAGGAUUUAAUCGCUAAAGCUCAAGCUAAAAAGCAGGCUAAAUUAGAAGCUAAAGAUAGAAAAGAAAAACUUUUGGCUAAUUACAAACCGACAUGAUUUUUAAAAGCUUAUAAAUAUUAGUUCUUUUGAUAUUAUAAUAAAUGUGUUAUAUAACUUAGUUUUCAAACUUUAUCAUAUUUAUUAUAAUUUAUACUGUUGUUGACCUAAAUUGUGUUAGCUAUUUUUUGUAAAUGUUAAUUUAAAGCUACAAUAAUGAUGUAUAGUAGUGUA